GUGCACCAUACAUCCCGUGCUCUCGCACAAUGCUGGAAUCGGGCGCAUGGACCCCACUUUCCCUAGGGAAUUGAAUGCACGGACGAGUACAGGCUGGUUAUUAUCUCGGCGUGCGCUCUCGCUCUCUCUCUGUUCUAGCGGGGGGUUGGAAAACUCAUCGCUGAGAGGCUUGAAGGUUUGACCACUGGCACCGCUCGUCAGCGGCUCCUCUCGACAGAAGCUAUAGCUUUCUACCUUCGAAUAGAAUUAAAUGAGAGGCGGUAGAUAUAUACGCAGGGCUGUUGGGGGUGGUCGUUCGUCAGGUGCAAGAGCUGGCAUAGUGGAAGACUCUCAAACGGGGUGGGGAUUUCGAGUCCAGGCUAAAUUAUUUCUAGGGUUGUACUUAUUGUGCCGAGUCGGUUUGCUUUCGGUUUCGCUGUCCGUUUUGUGAAGAUACAGAGAGGAAGUUGAUUGAUUCGUUUAUGAAGGCGGGAGGGAAUAAGAGGAAGUGAUGAGGAAGGUGGGGAAGUAUGAAGUGGGGCGGACAAUUGGCGAAGGCACCUUUGCUAAAGUCAAAUUCGCCAUCAACACCGAAACGAGCGAAUUUUUGGCGAUGAAGGUGUUGGAUAAAGAUACCGUGCUGAGGAAUAAGAUGGUGGAGCAGAUCAAGCGUGAGAUAUCCAUAAUGAAGAUGAUUAGACAUCCCAAUGUGGUGCGCUUGCAUGAGGUGCUGGCCAGCCGAGCGAAGAUCUACAUCGUACUGGAGUUUGUUUCUGGUGGAGAAUUGCUGGAUACAAUUGCACACAAAGGGAGACUCAGUGAGGGGCAUUCUCGUAGGUACUUCCAGCAACUGAUAGAUGCAGUUGCAUAUUGUCACAGCAAGGGUAUAUCGCACCGAGACUUGAAGCCAGAGAAUCUGCUAUUGGAUGCUAAGGGAAACUUGAAAGUUUCGGAUUUUGGGCUCAGUGCACUGCCGCAUCAAGUGAGGGAAGAUGGCCUUUUGCACACAACUUGUGGCACUCCCAACUAUGUUGCUCCGGAGGUGCUUGACAACAAUGGCUACGACGGUGCAGUGGCGGACAUUUGGUCAUGUGGUGUAAUCCUUUUCGUUUUGAUGGCGGGAUAUCUUCCAUUCAAUGAAGCCGACCUUAAAACUCUUUAUGAGAAGAUUCAACAUGCAAGUUUCUUAUGUCCUGCCUGGUUCUCACCUGGCGCCAAGUCAUUGAUAUUGAAGAUGCUGGACCCCAAUACUCGAACUCGCAUUACUUUAGAGGGGAUUUAUAACCACCCGUGGUUUAAAAAGAACUACGUUCCCGCGCGUUUGAGCGAUGCUGAAGAGGCUUCAGAUCUUGAUGAUGUGGAGUCUGUCUUUGAUAAUUCAGAGGAACGAUUCGUUGAUGAUCAACUGGUCAAAGAAUCAGGACCUUCCAUGAUGAAUGCAUUUGAACUCAUAACACUCUCUCAGGGAUUGAAUCUCUCCGCUCUGUUUGAUAGGCGACAGGAUCAUGUGAAACGUCAAACAUGUUUUACUUCAAAUAUACCGGCUAACGAAAUUAUUUCUCGAAUGGAAGGAGCUGCCCAAUCGAUGGGCUUUCGAGUGGAAACUCGCAAAUACAAGAUGAGGCUUGAAGGUCGUGGUGGUGGCAAGAUUAAUCAGCACUUGGCCGUGGCCAUUGAGGUGUUCGAGAUGGCGCCUUCCGUGUUCAUGAUUGAGGUGCGGAAAGCCAUGGGUGAUACUUUGGAAUAUCACAAGUUCUAUAAAACUUUCUGUGACCGAAUGAAGGACGUUACCUCCAAAAUGCCGACGUUGGGAAUUGAUCGAGGAAAACAACUUGCACCUUGAGCAUAGAAGUGUGUGUGUAUGGUGAACUACAAGAAACGAAUGUGUAAGUAUUUUUGUGGAGUUGAGGUGUGUGGUUAUGCUGGUUUACUUUUAGGCUGACAAGAUUUGAACAACACUAGAACAGGACUAAAGGUGUCUGAUCCAAUUAGUGGAACACACAGUUGGAAAUUGUUGUAUGAUGUAGGCACAUUCUGUAAAAAAGAACAGUUGGUAAUUUGUUGAGUACUAUAUCGUAGGCAGUGGGAUGAAAAUAAGAUGUGCUAUUUCCAAAUUUCUGUAUACUCCGUGUUUAUCUUGUUGCAAGGAUUUAUGAUUAUAUUUGAAGCAGCAA